AUGGCUCAUUCUCACAAGUCCAACCCUUCUCUACAGGUGACGGCAGAUCACCAGAUCAAGAUGGCUGAAGCACCCAUCGAGCAACCCGGAUACGGAGAGGUAUUGCUGCAUAUCAAGUGCACAGGAAUCUGUGGAUCAGAUAUCCACUUUUGGAAGUCUGGACGUAUUGGACCUUUGAUUGUGGAGAGUGAUUGUAUUCUUGGACAUGAGGCUUCUGGUGUUGUGCUCAAGCUUGGAGAAGGAGUGAAGGAUCUUGCCGUUGGCGAUAGAGUAGCAGUCGAACCCGGCAUGCCCUGUGACAACUGCUGGCUCUGCAGAGAAGGUCGCUACAACCUGUGCGAAGAUGUAAAGUUCUCUGGUGUUUGGCCUCACCACGGUACCCUCCAGCGCUUCAAGGUCCAUGCUGCAAAGUGGUUACACAAGAUCCCAGACGAUGUGAGCUUUGCGGAAGGCGCACUCCUCGAACCUCUUUCUGUGGUACUUCAUGGCAUCCGUCGCGCAGGACUGACUCUAGGUCGUGGUGCUGUGAUCUGCGGUGCUGGCCCCAUCGGUCUGAUUGCCCUUCUCUCCUCCCGCGCCUCUGGAGCACAUCCCCUAGUCAUCACCGACCUAGAACCCAAUCGUCUCGCCUUUGCCAAAAAGCUAGUCCCCGAGUGUGAAACUUACCAAGUUCAAAGAGACCUAAGCUCAGAAGACAAUGCAAAGAAAAUCAGAAAGCUGUUUGGAGAGUCCGAGUACGGAUGUCCGGAAACUGUGCUUGAGUGUACGGGCGUGGAGAGUAGUAUUGUUACUGCAGCAUUUGCAGUGCGCAGAGGAGGUACGGUGAUGGUUAUUGGAGUUGGCAGACCUGUGGUUAACAAUAUCCCUUUUAUGCAUAUGAGUCUUGGCGAGAUCAAUCUCAAGUUCAUCAACAGGUACACUGAUACCUGGCCCGCAGGCAUUGCGGCCGUCAAGGGCAAACUGAUGGAUCUGAAACCAUUGGUCUCUCAUGUGUUUGCUCUUGAGAAGGCAGUGGACGCAAUGCACAUCUGUGCCGAUCUAAGCCAAGGAAGCAUCAAAGUGCAAAUCGUCGACGAAGUCGAUAUCAACCCUGAGGAUGUUGAGUGA